CGUAGUAGAGUUGAACACAUUUCAGCUGGAAACAUGUGCAUCCUGAGCACACUACUGCUUUUGUGCAACGUCGCUCUCUUCCUCAGAGCAGAGAGCGAUGUUCAGCUUCUGGACUACACGGCACCCUUCCAGGUGGAAUUCCAUUCAGUGAACUUCAGAAAUGUCCUGCACUGGAAACACCAUCCUGAGGCACCGGGAGACCUGCAAUAUUUCGUGCAGUAUAAAGUGUAUGGAGACAAGCAGUGGAUUGUGUGUGAGUCGUGCCAGGCUAUUCAUAAACUACAGUGUGACCUGAGCCAGGAGACAUCUGACCCACGUCAGUGGUACUAUGCAAGGGUUCAGGCACAAUCCUCCAAAGGUCUAUCACCAUGGGUCACCAGCGCCAGGUUUUACCCUCAGUGGGACACGACUUUCAGCCCACCAAAACUCAAGCUGAAUGUGACAGAGCAAGGCAUCGUAGUCUGGAUCAGACCACCACGGACCCCUGUACACGGACAGAGGAACAGCAGGGUCUCGGUUACCAAACUGCUGAAUCUGAUCUUUAGGAUUUACCUCAUUCACGACGGGUUGGAGCAGGUCCAUGAAACCAAUAGCUGCCCAAGGAAACUCCUGAUCGAGCACUUAUACCCUCAAACGACGUACUGUAUUCAAGCCGUGACCGUCAUGCCCCUGUCUGGCCUUACAAGCCCGAGGAGUCCCGAGUCCUGCGUCAGCACCCUGUAAUGUGUCACACAGGUACACAAACCGCUACACUGGAUCUCUACAGCAGGGGAGACAUUUGAGACACUCGCCACUGUCCAUCACGCAGUCCUGCCUUUAUGUUUCUCCACACAGUACACCGGGCGCAAUAGCGGGUUAGGGAAGGAAAGAACCUGCACGCUACACACAAAAACAUCUCAUCACCUGAUAGCCAGGGACUGCUCAUUUGGGAUAUGGUCCUGCUGGGAGCUGUUCAAUUCAGACCUAAAAUAAAGAUGGCAUUUUUGUUCUGACUGUAUUUAGUUUGACAUUUGAUACAGGACAUGCUUUGUUGGCAUUUUAGAGCAGGAGUUUUGAACACAAAUGCCUUUAUCUAUCUACAGGCACUGUUUUUAUCAUCGCCGCAAUCUAUUUCUAGAAAGUUUUAAAGAUGUAAAAUUAAUACAUAAAAAAAUAUAUAUAUUGCAAACCAUCUGAUUAAUUUUCAUCAUCUUUACUUAUUUAGAGUCUUUAUUUUGUCUUCUCCAAUUAUUUGUUUCUGAGCUCUUGGAUUUUGUGUUGAGGUUCACAUUGUUCUUGCCAUGGGUUUUUCCUCUGGUUUAUCAGGAUUCUUCCCCCCAAAUAAACUUGCUUGUAGGUGGAUUGGUGAAUUGGAUAAAUUAUUCCUAGCUGUGAAUGAGUGUCCUAUAUGAUCCCUAGCUCAUCCCUAAUGUUUCAGGGAGUAGCUCCUGAACCCUGGUCGGCUUAUAAGGGUUAUUGCUAGGCUUACAGAGUUCAGGUUGCUUUGUUCAAUUGAUCAGAACUGUUUUGGCAGCACAAAG